GCCCAAGUAAACACGCGUUGCGCGCGAGAGCAUUCUCGGAAAUUCCCUCUUCCUCCGCGCACCAUGACCGACUACUCGAAAUGGGACAAGAUCGAAGACUCGGACGAUGAAGCUGAGGUCAAACGCGGACCUGCCGCCGCUGCGUCCGUGCCCUCGGCGCCCUCUGCCCUGCAGCAGAUGGAAGCAUUGCGCAGCAAGGCUCAAAUCCACAUGGAGAAGGGCGAGUUUGCCCAAGGGUGUGCUAUCUACAAGGAUCUCCUCCAGGGCGCUGGGCCUGACACGCCCGCCGGAUUCAUUGAAUCGUGUCGCAUGAACUUAUCGAUUGCACUGAUCAAACUCGACCGCAACCUCGAAGUCAUUCCCGUGCUGUCGGAAGUCCUGAAAGCAAAUCCGAAACUCGUCAAGGCAUUGCAUUUCCGAGGUCACGCGUUCAUGAGCGCGGGGCUCCUCGGAGAAGCCGAAAAAGAUCUGAAAGCGGCCAAGGAUGCACUGCCUGACGACGAAGGUGUCAUCGGCGACUUGGCGGCGUUGGAAGUUGCCAAGGUCGCGGACAUCCACCUCAAGGAUCUCGUGGCGAAGGCGAACGAAACAUUUCAAGCUGGGGAUUUCCCGUCCACGAUUUCCAACUUCACAACGGCGUUGGCCGAAGCUGAGAAAGUGAAGCGCCGUGACGUGUGCGGCGCCAUCUACGGUAGCCUCGGAAUGGUCUACUACAAGAGCGAAAAAUUCCGCGAGGCUAUUCCGCACUUCGUCAAGGCGUUGCAAGAGCUCCCGAACCCCGAGCGCCGCAUUGAGUUUCUCGAAGGUUUGGCUGCUUGCCACACGUCUCUGGGCGAAGGUGAAAUGUGUAUCAAGGCGUUAGAAAGCGCUGUCAUGAUUGGCGUUCAAGCUGGCGCGCCACCCCCCCGCAUGAUCAAGCUUCUCAUGCACGCCGUGCGAUCGUGCGGAAUGCUUAAAUUGACUGAACCCGGUAUCAAGUACGCGACCAAGGCUCGAGAAAUCGCGGCAGCUGCUCUGCAAUGGGAAGUCGUGUUUCAGUGCAAUGAGUGGAUUGCCCGCCUUCAUACGGAGAACGGAGACCCUGAAUCCGCGCUGAUUCACAUCACAGAGGCAUUCCAAGAAGGUGUCGCGCGCACGGACGUGCAGAGCUGCCUCCAAUUGAUGCACAUUCAAAUGCACGUGCUCAAGGUGACCGACCCAAUGAAGCACAUCAACUUGGUCCAGUCCACGCAGGCGUUCUUUGCGUCACAGAACGAUUACAAGGGACUCUUGGGCUGCAUCGAAGUGCUACUCGUGUACAACAUCAACAAGUACAAGGAGAACAACCAGCGCGACCCACAAUAUUUGGCUGCCCUCGAAGAGCUCUGGACCGAGCUUCGCAACGUCCCGUUCGAGCCCCUCGAGCACGAAGACAAGUUUUUGUUCUUGAAGCUCAUCCAGCUGCACGCCGACUUUAACAUUGAGCAAGAAGGGAAGGACGCGUGCCGAAAGGUGCUGCAUGAAGUGUUAUCGUUGGCCAACACGAUGACGCCGAUCCCGCCGCAACACGUGAUUGCCGAUGUGUACAAGAAGCUAACGGCGUUGAGCGACGGUCCGGCCGAGCAGCUCGAACACAUCACGGCAGUGGAAAAGUCACUGCGCCAAUUUCAACUUGACGUCGACGCCCGCAUUCAAAACGACCAGAAGGGCGAGAUUCUGUCGAAAAUUGCCGGCGACAUUGCGGACACGUUGUGCAACAAAGCGUUUGUUCAAGCCGAGCAGGGCAUGAUUGACGACGCGGAGAAGACUCUGGAAGACUGUUCGUCGCUGUGCGAGAAGAACUCUAUUGAAAACAGCCGCAUCAACUGUCUGUCGCAAAUUGCCCGAGGCAUCUUGUGCCUCAAGAAGGGAAACAAGGACGGUGCCGAAGAGAACUUCGACAAGGGCAUUGCUCUAGCGGAAGCUGUGAACGACCAGGAAGUGCUUAACCAUGUGCAGGAGCUGGUCAACGACGCCAAGGAAAAGGCCGGUUUGCCCGUGUCCAAGAAGACACCGGCAUCUGCCCCCGCAUCAACGAAGGAAGCGACGAUCUCUGCGAAGGAGCCUCCUGCCAAGAAGGCCGAGACCCCCAAGGCUCCCAAGACGUACCCUGGGACCGCGAUCCGCAAAAAGGAAGCGGCUUUCGACAUCACGGACCACAUUCCCCUCCUUGUGUUUGUCGCGUUCUUGGCUGUGUUUUUCCACCUCGUGAGCACGUAAAUCCAAGAACAGCUUUGUAAAAUGAACGAGAGAACUGUAUGUGCGUGAAAAGUCAUUGAGCACGAUGCUACGAGCUCGCUACAACUCGACGUCCUUCGCCUCCGACACUGCGUCGUCUGUCGCGGCAGCCUUGAUGUGUUCUUCAUCACUCUCGUCACCGUCCUCUUGGUCAUCCGUGCUGUCGUCGCCCGAAGAGUCGCUGCUCUCGUCGCCGCUUUCGCCAUCGCUUUCCUGCUGGUCUACAUGUGGACACUUCACAUGAACCCACGU